GUGAAUGGGGCAGAGAAAGGCGCGGCGGAGGACGAGAAAGAGUGGCAGGUCAAGGGACUAACGUGGUGUAUGGCCCCUUUUUCCGCUGGCGUGUCAAGCAGGCGACGAGACUGACAUGACCGCAGCCCCUAAUGCGGACCAGAAUACCACCGACUGGGCGUUCUCCAUCCUCGACAUCCAGACCGGACAGGAAGCGAACUGCUCCCAGGCUAUCCCCAACAGCGGCCCGACAGCCAGUUUCUACGGCAUGCCCUGCGGCCAGGAUGCCAAGGCUAACUUUAGAAUAUCAUGGGGUUACAACAGCGCCGUAGACAGCGCCGUCAUGACGGUGUGCUACGCGCCAAACGGGACAACCGCCUGGUUUGGGUACGAGCAGGUCAGUCGCAACCAGCAGCUUGGGGACUCGAAGCAGGAGCCUGUCUACUGGACUGGUUGCGCGUAGGGACGAACUAGAAGGAUA